UGGUGAAAGGCCAUGAAAGUACAGGGGCACCAAAGUAAAACAAAAAAUUCUUCAGCAUUUUCAUUUUCAAUCUCUCUCUCUCUCUGAGCUUUGAAGCUUCAGCGCAACCAAAAUGGCGUUCUUGCUUAACAAAACCUCCAUCGCUUCGCAUUUCCGAUCUCACUCCCAGAACACAGUGGACGCGCUUUCUCACACGCGCCGCGCUUACCACAUCGAACUCGGGGCUCGCGAGAAAGCCCUCUUGGCAGAGGACCCGGCUUUGAAGCGAUUCAAAUCCCAUAAGAAGAGUGUUAAUGCAGUUAAAAGAAUGGGAGAUGUUCUCACUAUUGUCGUUGUCGCAGGUUGCUGCUAUGAAAUAUAUGUUAAAGCAGUAAUGCGAGAAGAAGCUCGUAAAAAAGCAGGGGCUGCAGGUGGAAGUGCAUAAUGAAGUGUGAUAACUCCAGGACUUCUUUACCAAGAAAAAAGUAAAAAAAAGAAAAGAGAAGAAUAAGGGAGGGAGGGGGGGAGGGAAUGUAAGAUUGUUUGGCCAUGAUGUUAGACCUAUUGUCAUUUGCCUUAUGUCUUUUCUUUUCUUUUUUUUGGUCUGGGUUAAAUAAGCAGUGAAAACAUUCUAUCAAAUGUUUGAAUCCAACCUUCUGCUCUUUUGGUCUCUUUUGAAUUUUAUUUUAUUAAAUCUGUUAUUAAUGCAGCUGAGGGCUUUUGAGAGUCAA